AAAUUAAUCUCUUUUUGAGAGUGACUAAUUAAGAUUAAGAUAUUAAUUAACUUAUUAGUUUAUUACUUCAAUCAACUCAUCAUAAUGUGAGCAACAAGUCUUAUAUGUAGACAAAACAAUACUAAUUAACCUCUCUUAAACCAUAUAUCAUGGAUCUAAACACAAUAAUAAUCCUUUUAUUCUUUCUUCUUAGCUUGAUUAGCAACUUCCCUUACAAGGUAAUGAGCAACAACAACUGUUCUAUCUCCAAGUGUGCUGAUUUUUCCGGCAGUCCGAACAUCCGAUUUCCGUUCCAAGUCAAAAGUUCCGGCCAAGACCCGACGAACUCGUGUGGGCACCCGGGUUUCGACGUGUGGUGUGAUGGAGAUUCCAAAAACACCCUUAUUGGGCUUCCAAGGUCAGGAAACUUUAGAGUUAAAAGUAUAGAUUAUGGUGCUCAAGAAAUGUGGAUUAAUGAUCCAAACAAUUGCCUACCCAAAAGGCUUCUUACCUUAAAUUUAGAGGGCUCCCCUUUUGCCGGGGUUUAUCAUCAAGAUUUCUCCUUCUUUAAUUGUUCAAAAACCCUAAAUUCAACCAAAAAUAAUUCUACAAAUAUCACACAUUUGAAAGGUCUAAUAGGCCCAAUCAAAUGCCUUAGUGGAUCACAUCAUUUUAUAUAUGCUAUCCCUUCAAAUGGGACUAUUAAUAACCAUACUACCACUUUGUUAUCGCCUUCGAAUUGUUCCCUCAUUGCACCUUUGGUUAAAGUCCCAGUCCAAUGGCCGCCUUCUUUGCACAAUAACACGGUUUUAUCCCUAUCGUCUGAGCUCCAUGACGACCUCCGGUUGUCAUGGUACAUGCCGGAGUGCCGGCCAUGCGAGUUGAAAGGUCAAAUGUGUGGAUUGGAAACUGAUUCAAACGGGACACGUGUCAUAAUAUGCUCGAAUAUUCCGAAUCAAGGUAUGGCAGGGAAAUUGCCCUUAACCACCUUUAUAGCAGUGAUAUUAGUCAUAUGUUCACCAACAAUCGUGUGUGUAGUGGGCUCAAUCAUUAUAUGGAUCCGAGCUUGUAUUCGACGUAGAAGGUCAAAUCAAAAUUUACCAAUUACAUCAAGCGCUACUCAUGGGCCUAGCCCAAUCGGAGAAUUGGGCCUUGCAGAACUUAACAUAGAGUUCGCAAGGCAAGUAGUUCGAAUGGGCCUGGAUGAGGAAGCUACCCCAGAGUAUCGGCCCACAAUAGUGAUAAGUGAGAUAGAAGAAGUGGGCCAAGGCCUAAACAGAGAGAACGAAAACCCAUGUGCUAUUUGCAUGGUAGAAUAUCGAAGGAAGGACAGAAUUGGAACUUUACCAAUAUGUGGGCAUUACUUUCAUGCAAAUUGCGUAAAUAAGUGGCUUCUCUCUCGUGGUAGGUUUGGGAAAACUUGUCCCAUUUGCAGAACUCCUGUUGAUUCUUUAUGA